AUGGGUAAUAAUUGUUAGUAAUCAAAUAAGACUGUAAAUUUAAAAGAAUAAGUGAUUAGCAUAAUUAUUUAUCAUAAAUUGAAGCUUCCUAACAAACAAAUUUUGCUUUAGCCAAUUUAGAAUUUAUCAUAAAAUUUAGAUACUUUUGAAGAAGACUUUUAUUAAAAUGAAUUUCUUUUAGAUUUCAUAAAUGAUGAUGUUACAAAUCAUUGUUCUCAUAAAAAAUAAAUAGAAAGCUUAGAUAAUAUUGAACAAAUUAUAAUGUAAUGUCCAACAUAAAGUUGUGUUUGUGAAUCAUAAAUUGAAUAUUAAAUUAAUCUAAACCUAAGUGAUGAUGAUCCUCUAAAUAAGGCAUUCAUAAGAUUAAAAAAAAAGAAAGAGAAAAGGCCUUAACAUAGGAAUAAGAAAUAAUUAAAAAAGCCAGUGUAGAUAAAGCUUGAAUUAAAAAGUAUUUUAAAAAACAAUAAGCCAAAUCAUUCAUCAUUAAGCAACAUCUCUAAUAAAAGUGCCAAGCUUUUGGUUAAAUUCAACCUUUCACCUUAUAAAAUUAAUUAAAAAAAUACAAAAUCUUUAUCUCCAAUACUUUUAACAGAUAAAUCGAAAAUAAAAAAUGUUUAAAUCAGAAGCAUGUAGCACUUUCCAUAUUUAUGA